CGCAGAGCUUGGGCUGGGCGGCUGGGGGGGGGGGCGGCGGUCUGUCGCCGGGCCCCCUCCUCCUCCCUCCUCGCUCUCCAGCACCGCGGCCACUGGAGCGCUCCAGGGGUCUGCGCCUGCCUACUCCGCCCCAGAUCUGCCGGCGAAGGGUUUAUGUCAGCGUGGCUUCAUUCAUACAGAUGAACCAAGCAUUGGGAUAGCAGUAUAAAAUUAGAAUCAGACAGCUGACUGCUCAGCAGGAUGCCAUCAACUAACAGAGCAGGCAGUCUAAAGGACCCUGAAAUUGCAGAGCUCUUCUUCAAAGAAGAUCCGGAAAAGCUCUUCACAGAUCUAAGAGAAAUUGGCCAUGGGAGCUUUGGAGCAGUAUAUUUUGCUCGAGAUGUGCGUACUAAUGAAGUGGUGGCCAUCAAGAAAAUGUCUUAUAGUGGAAAGCAGUCUACUGAGAAAUGGCAGGAUAUUAUUAAGGAAGUCAAGUUUCUACAAAGAAUAAAACAUCCCAACAGUAUAGAAUAUAAAGGCUGCUAUUUACGGGAACACACUGCAUGGCUUGUAAUGGAAUAUUGUUUGGGAUCUGCUUCAGAUUUGCUAGAAGUUCAUAAAAAGCCAUUACAAGAAGUGGAAAUAGCAGCAAUUACACAUGGUGCUCUCCAGGGAUUAGCUUAUUUACAUUCUCAUACCAUGAUCCAUAGAGAUAUCAAAGCAGGAAAUAUCCUUCUGACAGAACCAGGCCAGGUGAAACUUGCUGACUUUGGAUCUGCUUCCAUGGCCUCCCCUGCCAAUUCUUUUGUGGGAACGCCAUAUUGGAUGGCCCCAGAAGUAAUUUUAGCCAUGGAUGAAGGACAAUAUGAUGGUAAAGUUGAUGUAUGGUCUCUUGGAAUAACAUGUAUUGAAUUAGCCGAGAGGAAGCCUCCUUUAUUUAAUAUGAAUGCAAUGAGUGCCUUAUAUCACAUAGCCCAAAAUGAAUCCCCUACACUACAGUCUAAUGAAUGGUCUGAUUAUUUUCGCAACUUUGUAGAUUCUUGCCUCCAGAAAAUCCCUCAAGAUCGCCCUACAUCAGAGGAACUUUUAAAGCACAUGUUUGUUCUUCGAGAGCGCCCGGAAACAGUGUUAAUAGAUCUCAUUCAAAGGACAAAGGAUGCAGUAAGAGAGCUGGACAAUCUGCAGUAUCGAAAAAUGAAGAAACUUCUUUUCCAGGAGGCACAUAAUGGACCAGCGGUAGAAGCACAGGAAGAAGAGGAGGAGCAAGAUCAUGGUGUUGGCCGGACAGGAACAGUGAAUAGUGUUGGAAGUAAUCAGUCUAUUCCCAGUAUGUCUAUCAGUGCCAGCAGCCAAAGCAGCAGUGUUAACAGUCUUCCAGAUGCCUCGGAUGACAAGAGUGAGCUUGACAUGAUGGAGGGAGACCAUACAGUGAUGUCUAAUAGUUCUGUCAUCCAUUUAAAACCUGAGGAGGAAAAUUAUAGAGAAGAAGGAGAUCCUAGAACAAGAGCAUCAGAUCCACAGUCUCCACCUCAAGUGUCCCGUCACAAAUCACAUUAUCGUAAUAGAGAACACUUUGCAACCAUACGAACGGCAUCACUGGUUACAAGACAGAUGCAAGAGCACGAACAGGACUCUGAACUUAGAGAACAGAUGUCUGGUUAUAAGAGGAUGAGGCGGCAGCAUCAAAAGCAGCUGAUGACUCUGGAAAAUAAACUAAAGGCAGAGAUGGAUGAACACCGUCUAAGAUUAGACAAAGACCUUGAAACUCAGCGUAACAAUUUUGCUGCAGAAAUGGAGAAACUUAUCAAGAAACACCAAGCUGCUAUGGAAAAAGAGGCUAAAGUGAUGGCCAAUGAGGAGAAAAAAUUCCAGCAACACAUUCAAGCUCAACAGAAGAAAGAACUGAAUAGCUUUUUGGAGUCCCAAAAAAGAGAAUAUAAACUUCGAAAAGAGCAGCUUAAGGAGGAGCUGAAUGAAAACCAGAGCACACCUAAAAAAGAAAAGCAGGAAUGGCUUUCAAAGCAGAAGGAGAAUAUACAACAUUUCCAGGCAGAAGAAGAAGCUAACCUUCUUCGACGUCAAAGGCAGUAUCUGGAGCUAGAAUGCCGCCGCUUCAAGAGAAGAAUGUUACUUGGGCGACAUAACUUGGAACAGGACCUCGUCAGGGAGGAGUUAAACAAAAGGCAGACUCAGAAGGACUUGGAACAUGCUAUGCUGCUACGACAGCAUGAAUCCAUGCAAGAACUGGAGUUUCGCCACCUCAACACUAUUCAGAAGAUGCGCUGUGAGUUGAUCAGACUGCAGCAUCAAACCGAGCUCACUAACCAGCUGGAAUAUAAUAAGCGAAGGGAACGGGAACUAAGGCGAAAACAUGUUAUGGAAGUUCGACAACAGCCUAAGAGUUUGAAGGUACUUUCACAGAAAAAUAUAUCCGUUUCUCUUUUUUUCUUUCAGCUGCGUUUGGAUGAAGCACAGGAAGCAGAAUGCCAGGUUUUGAAGAUGCAGCUGCAGCAGGAACUGGAGCUAUUGAAUGCAUAUCAGAGCAAAAUUAAGAUGCAGGCUGAGGCCCAACAUGAUCGAGAGCUUCGAGAGCUGGAACAGAGGGUCUCCCUUCGCAGGGCACUCUUAGAACAAAAGAUUGAAGAAGAGAUGUUGGCUUUGCAGAAUGAACGCACAGAACGAAUACGUAGCCUGCUUGAGCGUCAAGCCAGAGAAAUUGAAGCUUUUGACUCUGAAAGCAUGAGACUAGGUUUUAGUAACAUGGUCCUUUCUAAUCUCUCCCCUGAGGCAUUCAGCCACAGCUACCCAGGAGCUUCUAGUUGGUCUCACAAUCCUACUGGGGGGCCCGGACCUCACUGGGGUCAUCCCAUGGGUGGCACACCACAAGCUUGGGGCCAUCCAAUGCAAGGUGGACCCCAGCCAUGGGGUCAUCCCUCAGGGCCAAUGCAAGGGGUCCCUCGAGGUAGCAGUAUGGGAGUCCGCAAUAGCCCCCAGGCUCUGAGGCGGACAGCUUCUGGGGGACGGACAGAACAGGGCAUGAGCAGAAGCACGAGUGUCACUUCUCAAAUAUCCAAUGGGUCACACAUGUCUUACACAUAAUAAUUGAAAGUGGCAAUUCCGUUGGAGCUGUCUGCCAAAAGAAACUGCCUACAGACAUCAUCACAGCAGCCUCCUCACUUGGGUACUACCAUGUGGAAGCUGAGUGCAAAUGGUAUAUUUUAUUCGUUUUUGUAAAGCGUUAUGUUUUGUGUUUACUAAUUGGGAUCUCAUAGUAUUUGGCUGCCGGGUAUUUGUGGUUGGCUUUUUGUUUCCUUGUUUUUAACUUUUGGAAAAUUUUAAAACUGGGAAUAGAUAAAUAUUUCAUGUGUGUGGCAAAAAAGAAAUUGGCUUAAUAGAAGGGGUUUUAUCAGAACAAUAUAAAAAUAAAAUGAAGCAUACUGCCCUGAAUCAUCACUUUAGGAUGUCCAUAGCCUAAGAAGUUUAUUGAAAGAUCUAAAGCCUUCCUCCAUAUUUCAAAUUCUGUGAGUCACUGACAGCAGGCAGCGUCUGUGCUGAAACAUGUUCUUACUGAAACAUACCUCCACACCUUACCAGUGUGUUUCCUUUCUUUAUGAAAUUGGUCUGACUUAUCAACCUUGUUUGGACUAAAGCAGAAAACCAUGAACAUUAAAAGAUUGUAUUUACCUUUUCAGGUGGUAGAAGAUCAUUUAGUUUUUUGCUAAGUGCAUCAGAAGUUUGUCCCUGAUUUUGUAGGUUGUAUUGUUGUUAAGAUGGCAUUGCUUAAGGAGAUCAUAAGCUGUGUGGGGAUUGCACUAACAAGCUUGUCAGCAGCUAUCAGGAAAAAAACAGAGGGUUGGGACCCUGAAAGUUCCUGUGAUGCAUGUGUUCAGCAUGGAAUGAGGAGAUAAAGCCUAUGUAUCAUGAUAUUUUGUUUCUUGUAGAGUGAUAGCUCAUGCUACCCAAAUUAUAAGACACUAAAAAGUACCUUUGCUUUGUUUAUACAAAAUCAAAGACACUUAGCCAACACAAAGCAAAUGCCAGAGUUAUUUGAAUGAUGCCAUAUUUGUGAACUGCCAUCUAUUAGAAUACUCAUCACACUACAUAGACAUAAUUUUAUUUAUCCCUCUUUUGGCUUAUGGGAUUUCCUGUUUACAAGUAGCAAUAGUCAAUUAUUUAAAUAUUUAGUUGCCACUAGGAAUCACUGAGCCAAUGACCACCAGCUGCUGACUAAUCUUCACACUGUAGAUGUUGCUUCAUCUGCAGGUUCUCUAUGUUUAAUUGCUGUUUUUGUUGCUGCAGUACCUUACAAACUUUUAGUUCAUUGAAACUUCAUGUUACUUUCCCACAAUAGUAAAGUUCCUUUCAGAAGUCUCUAGCUUAGUGCUAAAAUACUACUGAGGAAGAAACUAGGUAGUUUGAAGAGUGAAAGAAAACAACAACAAAAAUUAAAAGUAAGUUAUAGUGACCAAGGACCACUAACCUGGGAGUGUGUUCUAUGUUUUCUUCAAUGAAGGAUUAACCCAGUGUUAUAAGUCAGUGCUAGUUAGUAUCCUCCAGUUGCUUGUGUAGAGCUUGAGGUGGAGGUAGGCAAGGGGCAGUGCCGUGUUUAGUGACAGACCAGAGUUUCUUACAAGUUAUUGUCCUGCUCCCUCUUCAGUUGUCUUGAAGAGCUCUUGCUGCUAACUCUGGGUCCUGCUUUUCCUGUAAUUAGAAGGCAAGAACACACUUAAGCAUACUUAGAACAAACUAGCGACCAAAUUGUCAUCUGCCACUAUUGAAGUUCUUGGUUUUCUUAACAACAGAUUAAAUCUCGUCCAGGUAUGUCUGUCAUUCCAGUCUCUAUGACUUGCCCCCUUAGGGAAUUUCUGACUUUGGGUUGAGGGUUUCUGACACUAAUUAGAAGAGAAAUUAGAUCAGGGUGUGGUGGCAUAUACUUAAAAUCCCAGCAAUUGGGAGGUAGGAGUCUGGGGUUCAAGGCUGCCUUCGGCUGUCUCACAAAGGAAAGAAAAGAAGAUGCUAUUAUAUAGAUCCUUUGAAAACCAAUAUAAGGUUGGUGGCAGAGUUCACAGAGCCAGGGUUUUAAACAUGAUCUAUAUCAGUUUUUAGGUAAACAUAGUUAAUGAAAGGGGCUUUUUAAGUUUUUUUUCUUCCUGCAUUCAAAAUUCUAUUCAAGAGUUUCAAACAAAUUUGAGAGUUCUAUAUAUUUGAAGGAAAUAGGGAAAGCUUUAAAUUUAAUAGGAUGUUCAAAACUAAAAGAAGACCAUCUUUAUAAGAUGAUCUUAUAAAACCAUUAAACACCAUGCUUCUGCAUCUGGCCCUAUCCACUUCUGGAGGGUUAGAAUGGGAAAGUAAAUCAGAUGUGAAUAGAAAAUUCCUUCAGACUCCAAACCAGAGAUACAUUUUAUAGUCUAGCUGUGAGUUUCACUUGGUCAGAUUGAGUUGCUGAGUCCAUUUUGAUCAUAAUGUACUCAUACUAGUGUGACUGAGUAAUGACUAUGUGUUGUGUCCAAAAGAGAUUUCUGCCUCAUCCAAUUGUGUGGCACCAGUUUUCCCAUAUAGGUCACGAUUAUACCAUCAGUUUAGUUAAAAUACAUGUUGUUUGCAAAAUGAUUAGUGUUAAUGGAUUGUGUGUAAGCUAUAAAUAACUUCUGAGUAAUCGUGUACAUGGCAGAAACCGUGACAGUAAAACCUGGUAGCAGGAAAAUUCGAAAGGGUUUAAAAUACCCUGAAGACAGGGCACGCACUUUCUGGGGAAAAAAAAUGUGGAAAUGUCAAAGUUUGACCAGUUUAACACUACCUCCUCCCCAUUAUCAUAUGUGUGUUUAAGAAAGUGAGAAGUGUGGAGAACAUGUGCAGCACACCAGAAGUUAUGAUCUAUAUCUGGUAUCCAGAGCCUAGUGGGGAAACGUUUCUUGUUCUCCCUUUUUGGGGUCAGCAUUUUAAACAUACAUAGCUUCAUAUCUUAAGACAUUUUAUUCCUAAUUAGAUUCCCCACCCUUUGCACAUAAGUUUUCCUUUAAACUUAGCUCUAACCCUAAGUUGUGAUGUCAGAAAGUGUUUGCAUUGUGUAAACAACGUUAGCUGAAAGCGAGUUUAUUUCAUUAGAGCUCCUAUUUUCUGUAUGUUUCUUUAACCAGAGCUGAACAGUCCUGAACAUGGAGUCACACCCACAGGUGAACACACUCAGUCUCAAGUCAAGGCCUUGCUAGUAAAUGGAACUUUGUGAUAGUUAUUAUGAUUUUUUUGACUGCCUGGACAUCAAGUAAACAACAUUCAGAACACUAAGGAAAAUGUUCUAGAGAUUCCAUCCUGCUACUAACAAUUUUUUUGUGUACAUCCUUUUUUUGUUUUUCAGAACUUAAGGCAGAAUUCAGUAAUUUUGUGCUUCUGUAAAUGUCUAGCAUUUUAAGCAUAUAUAGACUACAUUGUUUUGGACACUGGAAUAAUAUGAUUUAUUUUCACCUAUAAAAAUGACUUCAUUGUACUUGAACACCUUUGCAUUUCUCCAUUUGUGCCAUUUACAAGUGGAAAUAAAUUGUAUUAUACCAUGAUCUACUGGCUUUUUAAAACUGUUACAUAUGCACAUUUUUGGUAUAGCUAUUUUCAUUUGUAUGUGUAUAUUGUAUGUAUAUUUAUAUAUAUGAGUGUCUAUAUGUGUGUAUAGAUGGAUGGAUAAACUCAUUCUAUACAUGUCUGCCAGGGCUCAGUUUUGAGUUUUGUUGUUUUCUUUUUUAUCUUCUGUUAAGGCAAGGAUGUGUGUGUGUUUUUAAAGAGUACUCUGAGCUGAUAUUUAUGAGAAGGUGAUUAGUAGAUUCAGUCGUUUCCUUUUUAAUCCCCUAGCACUUGUAUGAGUGAAGAGAAAGUUAAGUAAAAUGAAACCAUAAAUUUCAGUGUAGUAAAACCAUGAUAGGGAAGGAGCCAGUUGGUGUUUUUUUGAGUUUGUUUUACAAUGCAAUAAAAGAUAAAAGCAGGAGAAAAGUGAACUGUACAAAGAACACUGGUGGUGAUUUUCCACAAAGGUGAAAAGCCAGUGAUCCAUUCUUUGUUGAUGUCAUGAUCCUCCACUCUUAAUACUGAUAGUUCUGGAUUUUGCUGAGGAUCAAAACUGCCAAGAAAGAAACUACUACUAAAACAUAUCUAAGGUUAUCCUAAACUGUAAAAUCACAGGAGAUGGUUACUGGGAGAGAAGGCAUGAUACUGGUUUGAAGGGCUGUCUCCUUUUAACUUACUCUUCUUGCUUGCUAAUAGUAAGUUCUUUAUGCACCUUCGACCCCUUCUGAGCCACUACUAUUCAAGCAGAUAUUUGGUCCAAUGCAAUAUCCCUUUCUUAGUUUUAUUUCUUUUCUUUUGAGACAGGGUCUUGCUUUCUGGUCUGGUAACUGAUGUUUACCCAAGACUGGCCUCAAAUUUCUAGCACUCCUAUCCCAGCCUCCCAAGUAAUGGGAUUACAGGUGUGAACCACCAUGCUCAGCCACAGCAACCCUUUCCUUCGGAGGUUUUAUAGUUCUGCAUUCGACUCAUGUUCAGAAUGUGAAGUGUCCUAAUGUGUAUUAACUUCGGAAAAACAAUAUAUUUAAGCUAUCCUAAGUGUGAAUCUGCUAUAAUGAGAAAUUCUCACUUCUUACAUAGAGCCUUCUCUAAGGAGCAAAGUCAAAAUGUGGGCUGUCAUCGCUGAGCUGCUUCUCAAAUUACAGAUCAUUAUUGAAGAUAAAUACAUUGUUUUGUUUCCCCCCUUUAACAGAAGUCUCCCUUCCCUGUUUAGUAUCGCCUUUUAAAAGGCGCUCAUACUUAGUUAAGAACUGGAAAUUCCCACCCUCGGAUUCCUUAAAGGAUGAAGAGUGUGCUGUACACUCAGCAUACGUGCCUCUUGUAUGCAAGGACUACUGAUUGACGUCUGUUUUGCUGUGUCUGGUUAUGUUGUCUGCACUUUUAUGAAAUCACUACAGUAGAUCUACAUUGGAAAUAACUAUUGAUUUGUAAAGAAAUUUUUAUUAAACACUGUAGAAAAAGAAAGUAAAGCGGAGAACUCUUCCUUUUUGUGCAUUUAUAUUUUCUGCUGAACUCUGGUAGCCCAUUUUAAAGUUGUAUUGACUUGUUGGUUUUCCUCUUUGAUUAUAUUCAGACUUCCAAAGUUUUAUUCAAACAAGUGCUGGCCUUCAGAUUAUAAAUGUAUGAGAUAUGCACCGUAUCUGCCUAUUGCAGACUUUUGAAACUUGCACUGCCCAUUCAUGCAAAAAUAAGUAUCUUAAGAAACAGAAAACACAAACUGGGGAGCCAUGUACUGUGUCACCAUAUCUGUUAACUGUUUCCAGCAACCCAAACUGUGUGUGUGUGAUAUUGGUGUGUGAGUGAGUGAGUGUGAUUUUAUUUUGCUUUGCUUUCCUUUUAAAUAUACAAGGGGUUCUUCUUCAAACAGAGGAAAAAGUUAAUCCUCUCCAGUUGAUGCCCACUGGAUAUAAUAAUCUUUACAUCUGUAGGUAGUUGGAAAUAUGAAGAGAAGAGAAGGUAAGACUUCUCAAUGAAUGGAAAAGGGUAUCUUGAUGCUCAAGAAUCCCCCCUCCCCUAAAAGUACGGGUAAUUCAACCUGCACAGUUUCCUUUCACUUGUAGUUUAACAAUUAUGAGUGAAAAAUCAUGUAAUUAUCUGUAAAUAUGUAGCUAACAAAUUGACCUAGUUUCUGUAUUUUUUGGUUUUGUACUAAAGUUUAUAGGUCUGUGCCAGCUAGAGAGGAGUUGCUGUCAUUACUAGUUGUGGCUCUAGCAUUUAACCCUGAAACCAUCCUAGGUGACAUUUUUAGAAUUAACGCUUAAAUAUUGUUAAACAGGGAGAAAUGGAGCUUAAUCAUUGGUCAGGUUUGAAAUCUUUUGAAACUAAGUAAUUUUAUUUAAUAUGAUUACAUGUUGUCAGUCAUGAGUGAGGUGUAGGGAGUCUCCCUCCCCCAGUGGCCAUGUUUACAGAGUGUUUGUCUAUAAAGUGCAAGUGUGUUAAUGUUAUGUAAAUUAUGCAGGUGAUAACUAUGGUUUGGGACUGUUUAUGGGCUCUUUUAACUGAACUUUAAAAUGAAAUGAACUAUGCUUAUUGCUGGCACAUCGAUCCCAUUUCUGGAACAUUUUUCCUACGUCCAGAAUUCUGUAUUUUCCUUGACAUUAUCCCCACUUAACCUUCCUCUGAUAUGCCUUGUAGCUAAGAUAUUAAAGACUGUUGAACAUAGAUGAGGGAAAUGUGUUUCUUAAAAAUCCAUGAACCCUCAAUUGUAUGCUUUCAGUAUUGUGUUAUAUGUUUCUAUGGCAACUUUGAAGUCAGUGGUUUAGAAAUGAGAUACCAAUGUUAAUGAAAAAGUAUGUACUCUUUGCUUUUGCAUGGCUUGGCUUAGUAUACAAGGUAUAUUAGAGCCACUUGAAAGCAUGAAGACCAGUUAUGGAAACAGGUUUCUCUUAGUGGCACAUUUUGCUUUUUCUUAGCCCUCAAAUACAUUGCCUCGGCAUGAACAUUAUUGUUAAUAUAAAUUGCACAUGAUCAUCAAGCGAAUUCUGUAAUUUUGAAAGAUGCAGCUGCCUGAUGUCUGCAGUUUGGUUGGUCUCUAUCUAAAUAACAGUGUGGGUAUGGGAGCCCUUCUUGCCCUUUCUUGGGUCUUAAACAGGUCUAUCAGUUUAUCAAGGUGUUGGCUGCCCCUGGGGUAUUGCCAUGCUGUUGUCUUUGCUGCCCAUUCAUCCCACGUGUGCUGUGUCCUUCCUUGCAUGUCAUACUCUCAGAGAAACCAUCAUCCUUUUUUCCUAGCAAUUUUAUUUUGCCUUUUCUUCCACAUUAAAUGGGAAUUGUGCCUAUUUAGAUUGCCCCUCUAGUUAAAUACAACUGUAACCCAAGCCAGAGACAAGGUGGUAAAACAUUUUUUUUUCAAGUCCACUUGGCCAGUAAUUUACCUAGCAAACUUACCACAUUAUCUUGACACUUGAUAGAAGAGCCUGUUAGGAGUCACGUGGUUUCAUAGAGUAAAGUCCAAGUGAAGAGGGAUGUGUGGGGUUUCCAUUAGGAAAUAAUUUUGUUAUUUUACUUUUUAUGACCCUCUGCUAGUUUAGAAUAGGUUUUCUCUUUUUUUAAAAAAAAAAUUUUUUUUUAGGGAAGUUUUUACAAAAGCAAUGGUCUGAUGUAAAUAACCUUUUAAAGUACAGUGCACAUAACUUCCCUAGGCUGUUCCAACCUGACUUUGUAAAUGCUUUAGAGUUUUUAAAUUAACACUUGUGUUGCUAAAUCCUAUUUAUGUAAGUCUGAAAAGGUUUUUAUCCCAUGUAAAACAUUUAAAUAAUGCAGGUUAUAAUGAGCAAGUUAGCUUUGAGAACCCCUCCUUUUAGUAUAUGAAAAGCCUAAUGCGCAUUAAUGAGGUUGGAGAGACUAUGAGAAAUAUGUAUAGUGUAUAUUUUAAACAGCUUUGCUUGUAUUGUGAAGAUUUAAGAACAAACUUGAGAUUUUUAAAGUUAACUAUUAACACAGUUUUAAUGUAAGUUAUCCCACUGGGUUUAAAAGCAUCUUGAAUGUAUAACCCUUCUACAACCCAGGUUGGUUUCUGCUUUUACCGAAUCAUCUAAACGUUAUUUAUAUUUUUAGUUUUAUGUACUCAUUUCUUUUCAUUUUCCUCAAACAGCAUGGGUUUUUUUUGCACAUGUAGAAAUUUUUAAAAAGAAGGAAAUUAAUACAUGAUUUUUCUCUGAAUUUUCUUCACUUCAGUCUUUCUACUAACCUCUUAAAGGCCAUGGCAUUCCAUUUGCUUUAUUUGUGCAAAUGCCAGGGCUGGUUUUUAUUUUAUUUUUGCUAUUUACCUUUAAAAAAAAAAGACAAUGCUUCAAUCAAUUGCUUUUUUUUUAUUUAAAAUUUAAAAAAAAAGAAAGAAAAAAAAGCUGUAACCUUAUCAUUUCUGAGUAGACCAUUGAGAGAGAAGUGCACACCUGUCGUCCCAGGACCAGCUUUGGUGGCUAAAGGGAAUAUUUUAACUAAGCGAGACGUUCUGUACAAAAUGUGGAAUGUGCUAUCCACAGUCUAUUUCAGUUAUUCCCACAAGUCAGGUCCUGAUAAAUGAGGGUUAUCAGCUAACUGAUAAGAUAUCAUUGAGGUUCGUCAAUGAAUUUGUACAUUUCUAGUUCCCUUUGGUGAAGGGGAAAGUGAUUUUGCAAGACCUAGAUUUUGGCUUGGUUUCUUGCCUCCUUUUUUGGCAGCCUUCAUCUUUUCCUAAAGCCCUUGAGCCUGUAGGGUUUUUAUAGUGGACAAAGGACUUAUGGUCUUUAAAACUGGGAUAGAUUUUGGGGGAAGGGCAAGAAAUUAUCAUAUUGAACAUACAGUAUCCUAACACUUUUAACAGUGGAUAAUUUUGAGUAAGCCCAGUCCUUUCCAAUUUUAGACUAAACAGAUGCCCACAGUGGAGGCUUACAAGGGUUGCGAUGAGGAAGAAGCCUCUCCCUCUGUCCGCACCAGCUGGUAAAGGUGACCGCAGGUGUGCGUUUCCUUCUGGUAGAAAUGGUCCACAGCACUAACUGGUAAGGCUAUUGUACAGUAUACUGUCAGUAUUCUCUGGUUCAGCAUACCUUAUAGUUCGUAUAUAACCUGUAUUAAUUGUAUAGAUUGUGCAUUUAAAGCUGUUACCAAGUUGUCAGAACCUUAAGAACGAAAACAGGUCAUAUGUAAUAUUUUGUUUGUAAGUAUCCUUUGUAUCAUAGCAAAGGAAAUGUUUAAAAGAUCAACUGUAAUAAAAGUAAUUUUAGUACA